AUGCAUCUCCUCAGCCUGGUGUUUGGGUUUGCACUUUUGCCUGAAGCCUACACUCUAAAGUGUUAUGAAUGUGGGCCAGGGAUCAAAGAAACCUGUGCAAACAAUGUGAGAGAGUGUCCUUCAAAGGAUCAGCAGUGUGGAGCAGUAAGGAUAGCCUCACAAACAGGUAAGACUUUUCCCUCAGGUAUUCUACAAGCUGAUCUUCACAUGAAGUCAUGUUUCACUGCUGAUCAGUGUUUGGAAGGCUCAGUCAACUAUGGAACUAACAGGACACUGAUCACCACCAAGUGUUGCACCUCUGACCUCUGCAACACUGACUUCGCUCCAGGUGGCCGCAAAUCCCAGCCCAAUGGUAAGAAGUGUUACACUUGCAUUGGACAGAUGUGCACCAAGACUCUGGACUGUGAGGGGGAUGAGGACUACUGCAUCUCAUCCUCAAUGAAACAUGGAAAUGCACAAGCGGGCAACAUGAAGGGCUGUGCCUCAAAGCGGUUUUCCUCAUAUCUUGACGAGAUGGAAGACUUCUUUGAUGUGGACUUUAGCGUCUGUCUGGGUGACCUCUGCAACAGUGCCAGCAGCCCGAGGGUUGGCCUCCUGCUGCUGCUGACAGCACCACUGCUCACUUCUGUUAUGUUGUGUUAAUAUUAAAACUGCUCACUUUUCCUCUCAGCUCUGGCUUUGUUCUUUUUCCUGUUCAAGAGAGGGCAGAAAGCUAAACACGUAGUUUAGUUAAAACAUUUAGACCAAGGCAUAACUGAACUAUUUUAUUUUUUUGCUGCUGUAUUUAAGAUUUUUUGGUUUUCAUCAAAUAGCAGUCAGCAAGUUCUUAUCCUGUUGUUCUUUAAGCUAUUAAAG